AUGGCAGGAAACCAGUCGCAGGAGGUCGUAAUCGAGAUGAUCCUGACGGGACUGAUCACCUCUACACGACCGCACGAUUCGCUCCUACCUGAUCCCGAAGACUUGCCCUCUACGGCCUGCUGCCCUUCUGGUCGCUGGUAUCAGAGAACCUCCCGCGAGGAAGGGAGGACCCCCCUCAGUUGCGACCUGCUAAGAUGGUGCAUGUCCCACCUAGCGCUGGCACUUCCCCAGGACGAGACGGUGCAAAUGGAGCCCCUCGUGUCAUCUCAACUCCGAUCAGUUGCUGGGAGGCCGCAUUUAAUGCCAGUCAACUCGCAUCUGUGA